GGCAUAUAUAAGUGGUCUAAGAAUUUUAAUAUACAAGUGAGCACAGGGGAUGUGUAAAUAUGCGACACCUAGGCGUGCUUGGACUUGUUGUAUUAUUACGAUAAGGUAAUCGAGGGUUAAAGUACUUUCCACUGAUAAGCCUCGCUCUAGUAUCAUACCACCUUCGUGUUAUGUCAAUACAAGUUAAUGACGUCGCAUCAGAAAGGAGUCCGUCUGUGUGGUGCGUUAAGAAAAAGGGUAAAAGUUUGAUCAAAGAUCACUUAGGCUAGCGUCCUUGAAGGAGCAAGGACAUAAAUUUAAUAUUAACACAGCAGAUGUGUGUAUAGGACACCUCGUUUUCUGUUGGGGAGGAUAGAUUUAGUGAUCUAACGGAAAAAUUGGCCGGCAUUUGAGGCACACACUCAAGAAUAGCCGCAACAGUCUCACGCCGUCCUUGUGAAGUUUGCUUACUACUACAGCGUCAGCGAUAUCGGUCCGACUCUAAGAACUGUUUUGCCUUGGAAAAAACUCUUGAUUUGUGGUGUUUAAUGUUGGUUUGUCUUGGCUCGUUACAAUUUUCAUCUUGAUUACCCCAUACUCCGGCAUUCGCGCAGGUUUUGAUUAACUUUGAAGGAGCAACUAGAAAACUGCAUAGGAUUAGACAAAAAUACAACUAAUUCACAGAAUCGACGUCGUAUAAAUCUACGACAGAGCUUACAUCAUGCGGCCGCAUAACGCCGCAUGCGCACUGGCGCAUCUUUUCCUGUUUCUACGCAGUGCUUUCGCCAACACUAUCGACACGUGCGUUUUCGCGGAAACCGGAGACGUCAUCUUUGAAGAGGCAGUUUAUGACGCAGCAACAGUGUUCCAUGGAAAAGUUCUGGACCUUUACAAACUGCCGUCCGCUCUUAUAACAAAUGACGGGAAAACUGGCGGGACAACUAUAAAAUACUUUGUCAAAAUGCAGAUCAUAUGCGUCUUCAGAACCAAUGAGCGUGCCCCGGAACUUCCGGUUAAUGUCACAUUAGAAUCUAAAUGUCCGUUCACGCAUCUGAACCUCCACGGAGAAUUCAUCGUCGCUCACAAAUAUUUCGCAUCUUUGAAAAUGCUAGAAAAAAUAGGAGGCGGAGACAUGGUACCGAGCGAGGGGGAGGACAAACAGACCUAUCUGAGUGAGGAAAGGAACGUUUUUAACGCUACCAAGGACAGACUCGGUCUAGUAGCCAACGUGUGCGGCAUGGUGAAUGUGGUGCCUUUAGACGCUUCCGUCUCAAACGUCAGGCGUAAACGUAACAACGCGCGACUAGCCACGCCCCGUAUAGCCCAGUGCCCGGAUGUUAGCGUUACCAAGGAUACGUGCAUAAAUCCACGCGCCUCACGAAGUGGAAGUUCAGGACUAAUAAUUCAGUUACCAGUCAUCAUUCUACUGGCUGCUUUUGGAGCAUUGUUUGUGAAUUUAUAGAGCAGAGCCUCCGUGCGACUAUUUGUUGAAUUUAUUGUUAUCCACACCAAAGACCAAAAUAUCCAAGGUGAUUUUGCUUAGUGAACAUAAUUGCGUUAUACCAAUCAUUCUUAUAGCAGGCUUGGCAUUAUACAAGUUAUUUUGCGAUAUGUCUACUGCAAAAUGUAAGUGAAGUUAAAUGAUCAACCUCGCAUUACACUAUCAAUGUACACGCACGGUUUUAUUGGCCAUUAAUUUAUUCAUUCCAAACAAACCUUGACACGUAGACUGUUUGUACUGGCUAUCGAGGAAAUGUGUCAUUUUGUAUCACAUGGAACGACAGGAAAAUGGCGGCGAAGUGAGUUUAGAGCGACAUCCUUUAUCUUGUUUUAUUUCAGCCAACAACAUUUAUGUAAAGUUAUUCAGCAGAAUUAAGUUGAUGGGAAAGACAAUAAACUAGAUAGUCAGACAUGCAGGGGCGGAUUCAGAGAUAUUUUCUGACAGUCUUCAAAAUUAUCUUUGUUGAUCCAUCCACCAUUUUUGACCGUCUUCCGACAGAAAAAAUAGAUAGGCCCCUACCCGUCAAUGUUAAUUUGAAAAUCUGACCGUCUUCAGGAAGAACCAGAAGACGCCCUUAAUCCGCCCCUGGACAUGACUGGUCGCCAUAAAGUGAAAAUAGAUGUACACAUCUUUCCGUCUAAUGUAUACCUAGAGUAGGCCUACACUUAAUAUUUGUUUUGACGGAAAUUAAUUUAAAUGAGAAAAUAAUUUUACUGUUGAUGUAGAAAUUCCAGUGCUACGAAAAGCUUAGUUAUUUUACAAGAUACAUGUUUUACAAGAUAUGUCUUCCAUUACAAUUUGGAAUUCCAUGUAACUGUAAACAUUAGCGCUGCUUUGCUUCAGUUUUCUUCCAAAAGUUUGAAGUUUUUGUGCUCUGUUUCACGUGAUUAAUUAAGUUUAAAGAAAACCGGAAACUGAAUAAUUGUCCCCGAUUGCUUAAUUGAAUAUGUAUAUAUUAUGUAUUAUAUGGCUAAAUUAUAUUUUUGUUAUGCUUGGAGGAGUUCAAUUUUACUUGAGUGCUUGGUUGCAGUUUUCUCUAAUAAUUAAUAAAUAGUAUAUUUCUCGUCAUCUUCCACCAAGCAUUCGUGAUAUAAAUGCCACGGCCGAUGGCGCUGGGGUCGAUUAGAAGAUUACACUGUAUAUAUUUUAAAAUCUUCAACGAAGAAUACAAAUAUGUAUUCAAAGAUAUACUUUCAAAGUAACAUCAGUCAUUCUCUUUGUUUUAAAUAUAUGUUUGCUACUUAUUGGAGACUUUGUGUAUAAAUUGUAAAUACUGUAUAUUUGAAUGUAUGUGAAGUGCGGUAUUGUACACAUACUUUGGGAGGGUGAGACAAAAAGAUGCUUGUUGCAUUGUUUUCAACAUUGUUAAGUUUAUGUAUUUCAGACAAGAAAUAUAUACCAUCUCAGUAAAAAAUGCGUUUGU